ACCGAUCGAGAGAGAAUGAAUGAACGACAGGAAGAAUAAAUUGCUGCGCUAACAAAGCCAGUAAUCAAAACAGAGAGCUGAGAGAGGAAGUUUUGAGUAUAUUACUGUGAUAAUUAAUCAACGCUAUGACACUUAUGUGAAGAAGCUGAAAUCUCAGUACACGAGAGAAGAUGUCGAAAAGGCAAAUGCUCAUGCUUGCAGACGUUCAGUCAGUGGAAAACACCUGCAAAACCGACCCGGCUUGUCCAUUUGUUGCUUUUGAGCAGAGCAAGAACACAUUUGGUUUUACGUUAGCUGCCAAUGGAGAGGUUGUGAUCUAUACGUUUAGCAUGGGUGAUGAUUAUCCAGAUAAUACAGUUUUGACGUAUUCCCAUUGUCCGGACCAACCUCUACUGAUACAUGAACGCAUACCGACUUUCUUCAAUAGAAUAUCACCGAAGUACUGGAAGAACUCCAAGUUUGUGAAUCCGUUGCCAAGUGUUGGACUCAAAGAAUCGGAGGAAACGACAGAUUUCUGGCUGAAUGAAGAUAGUCCUUCCAGUGAUAUGGAUGUGAACAUACCUGCUAUUGAGGAUGGAGAUGAUACGAAUGACAGCGAUUAUGAUGACGAUGAUGAAGAUGACAACAAUGUUGAUGAGGAUUAUUAUAAUACAGAUGGGGAGGAUGUUUCGGAAUUAUACUCUGAUGAGGAUGAGCAAGCUAAGAUGCAUCCACUUCUAGCUCAUGAUAUUGAUCAAGUCAAACAAUUAGGUGGCAACCAGGCACUCUCAUAUAGAAUGUUUGAUGCCCUUGGCGACGUUGACAUUGAUCUUCAACUAGAUGUUUCAUUUCUUCAGGAUGAGAUAGCGAAAGCUUGGUGUUUAAACAGAGAACAACCUUUAGUUGUACGUCUUCACUGCUCACUUAAUAAAUACCUGGAUGAAAAUAGCCCACAAGUAUCAGUAUUCCAAAGUUCAAAGAGUAAUCAACCAGGGGUUUGCAGUCAAAUGAAAAAAAUCACACAGAGCUUCCUCCUUGCCCACUGGAAAUCCCUGAGCAACAAAGCAGUACUUGCCCAUCUCAAGAGCAGAGAGAAAUCCCCAAGCAAGACAUGUCAGCGAGAUGGCCAUCGGAACCACAGCAACACGUCAAGGGGUCGAACACUUACAAUUCCUAUCUCUUUCUCCAGAAGUUCCAGCUCUAUGAGCCAGUCACCAAGUUCAGAGUCUCCCUCACCGGUCUCUCCCGACUCCUCUUCCAAGAAGUUUGGAAAGAAGAUAUUUCCAUGGCAACCAUUUCAACGAUCCACAUCCACAGGUCAUUCACCCCCUUCGCCUGGCAAGGAAGAGUUGCAUCUCAUUCCAGCAGCAACUGAGGAUCAGAAGCAAGCGAAGCAGAUUCCAAGCUUAGAGAAUGGUUUCCUGUGGCAGAUGUACGGUUACCUCAAGAACAGGAUACCAACUCUUAGUGAAUUCUGUGUAGUCUGUGAUGAACCACAUAUAUUUCAAAAUGGUGCAAUGUUAAAGCCUGCUGUGUGUGAGCGUGAGCUGUGUGUAUUCUCAUUCCAAAUGCUCGGGGUAAUGCAGGAUGCGGCAGAGAAUAUAGCUACAGGCGCAGAGGUCGUUGACCUGCUUGUCUCGAUGGUGCUGGCCGCUGUCAAAUCAAGGCGGAGACAACUUAUACUGGAUCCGUUCCCGAGUGUGGUCGACCCAAAGAAUAGCAAAGAGCUGGCUUUCUCUCCCAAGAAAAAGAAUUUCGAUCGAUUGGAGUCUACGCUAGAUAAAUUCAGUUCCAUGACAGACAUGUUAGCUGCAGGCAGUGUGACAGAUAUGAAGAAACAGAUGGACAAGAUGGAUGUCUUAGCGUAUCCUCUGCUGCAAUGGAUCAUUUCGAGUAACAGAUCACAUAUAGUGAAGUUACCGACUAACAAGCAAAUUCGCUUCAUGCACACUCCACACCAGUUCCUCCUCCUCAGCAGUACUCCAUCCAAAGAGACAGCCUUCAGAAAAGCCAAACAAGAACAUGGCAGUAUAUUUGCUUUCCAUGGUUCUAACAUUGAGAACUGGCACUCUAUCCUGAGACAUGGUCUUAUCAAUGCAUCGGGCACUAAACAUCAGAUGCAUGGAGCUGCCUAUGGUAAGGGCAUCUACCUGAGUCCACAUUCAAGUGUAUCAUUUGGCUACUCGGGAAUGGGACAUGGAAUCCACCAGCCUGUCAAGAAACUACCUCCAGUUGAACCAAAGAAGAGUGCUUGCAGGUUUCUACAAAGUAAAAACCUCAGAUGUAUUGCUUUAUGUGAGGUGAUAAGUUCCAAGGAGUUGAAUAGACAUGGUCAUGUAUGGGUUUGUUGUAAUCCGGAUCAUGUAUGUACUAGAUUCUUCUUUGUGUACGAAGAUGGCAAGGUCGGAGAUCAGGGUGUGGAUACCACACAAGACAAGUACACCAAGGACAUUCUGUCUGCUAUGGCCGACUGGAGGACGCUAUGACAGAGUCUUCUUCGUUACAAACAAUUUUGAUCAAUAUCUUGCUUUCCAUGUACUCGCACCUCAUCAAGAGCCAUUCUGUUGCUUCCGUAAGAGUCAGGGUCACUAUAGGUCAAAGGUCAUAUCCUUUGUAGAGCGAUCCAUCACUUGCAAAUGCAAGCACCUAGUCAACGGAUCCUCUGUUGCCUCUGUAUGAUUCAAGUUCACUAAAGGUCAUGACCAUUGUAGAAUGAUCACUUACUCAACCUUUUAUAUAUA